UGUAAACCUCACGAUGACUGCGAGGGAGCGGAGGCUGCCGCAACGCGAACGCGAGUGACGAAGGAAGAGGCGAUUGGGCGGUUCUAAGGAGGCGUCGCUAAUAGAAAAAAGCGCCUUUGACCCGGAAGUACUUGAACGGAAACCUUCAUGUGGCGGGAACAUCCGGGAAGCGAGAGGGUUGUCGCGGGAGCCUCAGGCCUUCAGGCGGAGCGCGGAGGUCCUUCGCGGCACUUGAGUGGGUGCUUUGGGACGGGUUGACACUUAUGGAACCAACUGUGUUGCAGGAGGGCAGCCAAAUACCACCAGAUGCCAAAACGCACUUCAAAGUCUGCAGGUUCAUCAUGGAGGCAGGUGUGAAGCUGGGCUUGCGAUCUAUCCCCAUUGCCACAGCAUGCACCAUCUAUCACCGCUUUUUUAUGGAAAUGCCUCUGGAAUCCUAUGACCCAUACCUGGUAGCUCUGGCUGCCCUGUAUCUGGCUGGGAAGGUGGAAGAGCAGCACCUGAGGACAAGGGACAUCAUCAAUGUAUCCCACAGGUACAUGCAUCCCCGGAGUGACCCGCUAGAGCUGGACACCCACUUCUGGGAGCUGAGGGACAGCAUUGUCCAGUGUGAGCUGCUCAUGCUACGGGUGCUGUGCUUCCGGGUCUCCUUCCAGCACCCUCAUAAGUACCUGCUUCAUUACUUGCUAUCUUUGAAGCACUGGAUGAACCGGCACAGCUGGGAUCGGACCCCGGUGGCAGUGGCAGCUUGGGCCCUGCUGCGGGAUAGCUACCACCGGCCGCUGUGUCUGCAGCAUGCCCCACAGCACAUUGCUGUGUCUGUCCUCUACCUUGCCCUGCAGUGUUAUGGGGUGGAGGUGCCCGCUGACACUGAAGCAGAGCGGCCUUGGUGGCAGGUGUUCAGUGAGGAUCUCUCCAAGAGCAUCAUUGACCGGAUUGUCUUGGACUUGAUACAGAUUUACACACUAGACACAGAAAUCUCUUAAGUGCCUCUGGGCAAGAGGGAGAAGGAUGUUCCCCAAGCCCACCGCAGGCUCCGAUCAGGGAGCCGUGCUCUGAGCAGAAGGAAGAGGUGCUGUAGACUGCUUUGGAUUUUGCUCCGUCCUUUUGAGUCACGCCUUUGAAUGGGACUGGAACCACACCAGCAGCCAGAUGGAGCCACAGACCAGCUGGUCCUGCCCUGCGACGCCGCUUCCCGCCUGCUGUCAGACUGCAGCCUUUGCCUCCUGCUCCUUGAACUUGGAGCUGGGCUAGGGCUGGUGAGGAAGGGCUCCGCUGCCUACCUGUGGAUCCCCUGUUCCAGGUGAAAUUUGCUUCCUGGGUCUUCUCCUUCAGCACUGCUUUUGGAAGUCUCCACACCACCAUGGCUUUGCUUUGACUCUGAUGAGAACUCAACUGAAGGCAUGGCACACUGGGAGAGCGUUCACUCUGGGCAUGGCACUGUAGAUCUGUGGGGCUUCUGAGGCAGAGGUUGACCCCACACAUCCAGAGUCUUUCAUUCUAGAGUGAAAAUGGGACUGUGUGCCAGCCAGCCUUUUUUCAUGCUUCACCAGGCUGUGGCGUUUCUCUUUCACAUGAUGUUCUGUGCAUGGAUGGCGGUCAGGUGGCUUAUUGCAGGGCCCUCAGGGGCGAGGGAGGAAGGUCAGCCCUCUGUGGCUACGUUCAGACGGACUGGAAGGAGGUGGCGGGAUCCAGUCAGACUUUGUUGCUCCUGUUAUGUCAUGGCAACUAUCCAUAUGCAGGGGCUAAAUUGCCAGCUUAUGGCCAGGGAUUGCCUUUGUCUCCUGGAGCCUUCUCUUCAGCCUCCUCUAGCCUCUACCAGAGCCCCAGGGGGGUUGGUGGUUGUAGCCAGCCCUUCUGUUGCCCCCAGGAGGCUGCCCUCCAUUUUCUCAGCCCGUGCCCUUUCCUUCUCCACCAGCAGCUCUGGGCAAGGUCCACUGACUCAUCCCUCCUCUCUCUUGUCGCUGGUCUCCUCCUCCAGGACUCCAUCCCAAUCCAGCCAGCCCCUCACUGCCCUCUCCUGGCCAGGGCUUCUCAGUCAUCCAGUCAUCUCCUGAUAGCACUACGUCCUGAUUAUGCCUGGGCCCACUCAUCUCUUGGGUGGAAGCCUGGCUGCUGCUCUGCCCAGCUGCUGGGCCAGCCUGAACCCAGUCCUCUGUGGGUGCUGCUGGCCUCAGCACCUUUCCUCUGGAGCCCUCUGCCUCUCCUUGACACAGGCAGCCCCUCCCUCCUGUAGUGGGCUCUCAAGUGAGCUGGGGUGUUGCACCUACAGUUAGAAACAUAGUGGUGGGGGGGAGGGAGUCAGGGGCCUGGUCUUGUCAGCCUUGGGAUCCCUUUUCCACAGCCCACGGUGCAUACAGGGCUUGUGUGGCUGAUGGGGCUGGCUAACAAUUUGUGGGAUGAAUGAAGAAUGACGAAAGCUGCUGGCACUGGGAAAUGCCAAAGGAGGGGGGGGGGACUUUUACAAGAUUAUAUGCUGUGUUUCUAAUGUAUAUAAACUGCUUCACCCAUGGGAUGGAAAGCCUUGGCCUCCAAAUGGAACUGUGAAAGGUGGGGGAGCUGUUGUUGGAAUAAAGCCUGGAGUGCAGUCCCCUCGCCCUUU